UUCUAUUUUUGUCCUUAAUCACUUUGGACACAGAGUAGUCAAUGGAAAUAUUUUUGUUAAUUACUUAUAAGGUACUGAGUAUUUUUAUAUGAUUUCCAACCUGUUUUAAACGACUUAUGAGUAAGAUAUAGCAUUUUCUAGUGUUUUUGCACUAUAGUGCCACUUUUUGAACUCUUGUGACAAAUGUAGAUUUGACUCUUAAAAAUUAAGCCUUUCGUAUACUGGGCCCUCAUAAGCUUUGCACAAUUUUUUCCCAAAAAAUAGCCACAAUUAAUAGUAAUUUGAAGCUAUAUCAACGGUUGGAUUGAAAGUGUCAUGAGUGUUAAUAUUAUAUACACUCUUCAACUAGGUACAGUUUUAUUUCACCAUAGAGAAGUUUUAAGGAAAUUAUGUAUCAAGUGUUCAUGUUAAGUGGUUUCAUUUUUCAAUUAUAAAAUAAAGGGAAAAAAUCAGAAUUUGCUUAUCUUUUAUAAAGAUUUUAGACGUUAAACUAAGUUUCUGUUGGCAGUAUAUUUUUUUGCUGUUAUGCAACUCAGUUAUUUUAUUUUUUCUCCAUUUUAAAAAGCAGAUUUUUAAAGAAUUAUCAUUGGCACCAUAAAAGUAAAACAUCCUGUUAAAUGUAAAUGAAAAUAUGUUGAAAGGAGCAAAAAAAAUAGGCAAUUGGAUGAAAAUUGGAUGAAAUCUCUUAAUUAAUGAACAUUUUACUGACUCGAUUUUUUUUUUCUUCAAAGAUAUGUAGCCAGUAAGACAAAUAGAAUGCUGAUCUUUAUUUAUUUUUGGCAUAAACUAUCAUUCACUCUUGGAGGUAGAUGGGUGAUCAUUUGCCGAAUAGACUUGUGGAUAUAUGAAGAAAAAAGACACUGUUUUAUUUGCAGCAGACUUUUUAAACAUCAUUUCUAACAUUAUCUAACAUCAUCACUCCUUCUGCUGUCUUUACCCUCCUUUAAAAGAACUCAAGUUACCAGACAUGCCUCAAAUCACCUGUUUUUAUAAGCCUUCCAUAUUAUUCUACUAUCCGUUAUCUCUGGCUUCUGUUUUCAUGAAGUAUUCCUCCACAAAGGAGGCUUAUUCUUAGAGUACUUUAGUUUCUUAUGUGAUCCUUCCAACAGGGCUGAGUUUGUGUUAAAAGAAGGCCAGAGUGGCCCCAGUUAGAUUCAUUUCCAGAGAACAGAAAAGUGGCUUCAGAGGAAAGGAAGAGGAGGAAAACAAAUUUGUUGAGCACCUUCUCUGUGUCAAGCACUAGUUACAUUUACAUAAUUCUCUUAACAGUCCUAUGAUUCAGCUAUCUUACAAUUGAGGAAACUGACAGAGCUUAGGGUACACAGCUGGUAACUGCUAGGGCCCGAGUUUAAAUUUGUCCAGAUUCCAUGUUCUUUCCACUGAACUGUACUCCCUCUAUUACUGAAAAUACGUCUUGUUUGGGAUAUUAGUUCCCAAACACCAAUUUGAGAAACCUCUCCCUGGUCCACAGGAAAAUGAGAAAAAUUAGAGCAAUGUGAUUGUUUUUUUCAUAAAUCUAACUGUACUCAUUUUAAAGGAUCAUGGAGAUUAUUGCUGUUUUAGAUGUUUAAAAUACUGUCUUUCCACACUUGUAAAAAAUGUAGAGUCAGUUUUUUUAAAAUGACUUUUAAAAGCCUAAUCAGGCAAAACAGGUUGAGAACUCGUUAUUGAGCUGUCUUAAUUGAUUUAAACGUUUUAUAUGGAAAUAAUUUCAAAUUUACAGAAAAUUUGCAAGCGUAAGAAUAGUGCAAAGAACAUCUGUAUGUCCUUUAAGAUUCAACUAUUAUUCAGAUUUUACCCUCUUCAUUUUAUUGUUUGCUUUUUCAUUUGUCCUUCCUUAAGUCUCCUUUACUGUGGAUCAUUUCCAUGGCCACCUUGGUCGUUUAUAGCAUUGAAUUGGAUUUAAGGUAUGCAUUCUUGGCGAGAACACUCUGUUGAUGGUACUGUGUCAUCAUGGUAUGAUAUUGGGGGCACACGAUGUCCGUCUUAUUGGUGAUGCUAAUUUUGAUCACCUGAUCAAGGUAGUGUUCAGUUUCUCCAAUGUAUAGUUACUGUGUUUUACAUUGCAAUUAAUAAGCAACCUGUGGGAGACUCUCUUAAGUCCAUGCUAACAACAUUUUCAUCCAGGAUUUAGCAUGCAUUGAUGAUUCUUGAUUAUUCGGUCUUCAACUUCAGCAUUCUUUCCACAUGUACCAGUUGGCAAUUAAUAUUUUAUUGUAAGCAGGAGCCCUCCUUUCUCCCCUGAUCCAUCCAUUCAUUCAUCCAUCUAUAUCCAUCUCAUUUUUACAUCUGUUAUUGUUAUAAACUCAUGCUUUUUAAUGUUUUUUUUUAAUUAAUUUUACCAUACUUACUUUGAUGCUCAAGUUGCCUUAGAUUUGGUCAGUAGAAACUAUUGAGCUGGCUCCCAUGUCCUUGUGAUAUCCUCUGUCGUUUGUUUGAAGCACUUCAUAGGUUAUAUAAAAGAUAUUCCAGGAUUUAGAGUCAGCAAUUUCUCCAUAGAACCCUAGGGAAUAUUAGAUACCUAGAUCUGCAUGCUGGAUAUACUCAUUGCUACUGGAUGUCUGUUUCUAGGCUAUUCAGCAGACAGAACUAGAAAAGUCAAGUAUGUACAGUUGGCCCUCUGUAUCCGUGGGUUGUGCAUAUGUGGAUUCCACAUCCCUGGAUUCAACCAACUGGGGAUCGAAAAUAUUCACAAUAAAAGAUAAUACAAUGAUAAUUUUAAAAAUAUGGUAUAACAGCUGUUACAUAUCAUUUACAUUGUAUCAGGUAUAAGUAAUCUAGAGGUGAUUUAAAGUAUAUGGGAGAAUGUGUAUAGGUUAUAUUCACAUACUAUGCCAUUUUGUUUAAGGGCCAUGAGCAUCCUCAGAUUUGAGCAUCCUCAGGUUUUGGUAUCCUCCGGGGUCCUAGAACCAAUCCCCCAUAGAUAUCAAGGCAUGACUCUACAUUGACACUCAAGAUAUGCAUGUCAGGUAGCAUUUACAUGUGUUUAUAUACAUGUUAUGUUUGAUUUCAGAAAUGAGUUUAUACCAGUGCCUCCAAUUUCAGUCUAUUAUCACAGGAUUCUUUCUUACCUUCGCUAUUCCAUAUUUCUAUGUCACUCCUUCCUCAAAAGUCCUGAAUUCCCCCCAAAAUCAAUCAAUUUGUUCACUCUAUUCUAUAACGUAUCUGAAAUAAUUUUAGAAUUCCUUUUGCCUAUAUCACUGUAAAAACAAGAUUUAUGUGCAGUUAUCUACCUAUAUCUUGCUCAAGAUUAAGGAUAAUGGCUACGUUGUGCAUUUAUAAAUUAUUUGUAUUGUUUUUUUCUCCUUCACUGUGAUUAUGUUAUUUGAAAGACAAUUGAGUUCAUUUUCUCAAUUUGCCUUCAGGCUUAAACUCUUUCUCCCAAACUCCUCCCAUUCUUGUUGAUCUAAUUUUAUUUUAAAAAUUUAUGGAGCUAUAACACGCUUCUGGAAGUUAGAACCUUACCAAAACAUAUAACUUUCUCUCAUAUCUCUCAUAUCUGUUCUGCCCCAUUCCCAUCUGUUGUAGGUAUCCAACUUCACUGGUUUUGGUUUUUGAGGCUUCUUCUUUAUGGAGGAAAACAAUAAAUGUAUGUUUUCUUUCCAUUCUUUCUUAUACAAAAGGUAGCCUACCUGAAGGGAGACCAGCCAUCUUAGUUUGCCUGGUACUGAGAGGUUUCUUGGGACACAGAACUUUUAGUGCUAAAACUGGGACAAUCAGGCAAACUGAGAUGGCAGGUCACCUUACAUACACAUUCUUUGUUAAAACAGUUUUGUUGAUGCAUAAUUUGCAUACCAUGAAAUUCACAUAUAUGUUCCUUUAAACAUUACUGAGGUAUAAUUUAAUGCCAUAAAAUUUACUCAUUUUAAGUCUGUGCUAUUCAGUGAUAUUUGAUAAAUUUACAGAGUUGUAUAACUUGACCAUGGUCUUACUAAAUAUUUGCAUCAUUACUAUAAAAUAUGCUCAGUUACAGUUAAUCCUUGUUUCCUCUUCCAGCUCCAGGGAACCACUAUCUACUUUCAGUCCCUAUAGAUUUUUCUUAUCUGGACAUUUCGUAUAAACAGAAUCAUCUAAUAUCUUUUGAAUCUGGCUUGUUUUGCAUAACAUGUUGUUUUUGAGGUUCAUCCGUGUCAUAGCAUAUAUAGGCAUUUCUGUCAUUAUUCUUAUUGCUGAAUAGUAUUUUAUUAUAUACCAUAUUUUAUCCAUUUACGUGUUGAAGGACCUUUGGACUACUUCCUUUUUCUUUUUUGCAGUGAUGCAUAAUGCUGCUAUGAACAUAAACGUGCAAGUCUCUGAAAGUGGCUUUUCAUUUUGGGGUAGAUACCUAGGAGUGGAGUUGCUGGGUUGUGUGGUAAAUUUAUAUUUAUUUAAGAAAUGGCCAAACUGUUUUCUAAAUGGCUGUAUCAUUUUACAUCCCCAUCAACAAUGUAUUAGGGUUUCCUGUUUCUCCACAUCCUAUUUGUUAAUGGCUUUUAAAAAUUAUAGACAUUCUUGUAAAUGUGAAGUAGUGUCUCAUUGUAGUUUUAGUUUGCAUUUUCCUAAUAACAAUGAUGUUUAACUUUUUUGUGUGUGCUUAUUAGCUGUUUCACAUGCUCUUAUACAUAUUCCAUUUUUUACUUACUGUUUCCAUAAAUCACUGCAUGUAAAUUCAGAGAUCUCUCUCUGUCUCACUUUCUCUUUUGUUGUAUUCCAUGGCAUGUAGGUGCCAUAGUUUUUUCUGAUCAAUCUGCUAUCUAUGGGCAUUUAAGUAGUUUUUAAUAUUUUACCAAAUACAAAUAAUGCUGCAAUGAAUUGUCUUACAUAUGUAUUUAUGUUUAAGGUAUUUCUUCAGACUACAAUCCUUGAAUACUAAGUCAAAGUAUAUAUGCAUGUGUAGUUUGUUGGAUAUUGCCUUUCCAUAAAGGUUGUGGCAUUUCAGAUUCUACCAGCAAUGCGUGAGACUGUUUUCCCACAACUUCACUAACAGUGACAUACUGUAAAGCUUUUGAAGUUCUGCCAAUCUGAUAGGUGGGAAGUAAUAUCUCAUUAUUGCUUUAAUUUGCAUAUUAUGAAUGAAGUUAAACAUCUUCAAGGACUAUUUUUCUAUUUUUUGUGAUUGUGACUUUGUUUAUGGUGUUACUUUGCCAUGCAAAGUUUUUAUUUAUUUUUUGGUAGUCAAAUUGAUUAACUCUCCUGUGAAGCCGUCUGAGUUUGGUGGUUUUGGGGAAUUAAUUUCUUGAUAACUUUAUUUCUUAUAUUUAAAUUGAUUUCUUUAAGUUUUUUGGCUUAAAGGGGUCAGUUUGCUAAACUGUAUAUUUUAAAGAAAUUAUCCAUUUCCUCUUAGUUUUCAAAUGUAUUUCCACUGAAGUAAUCUUUUUAAAAAAUUCCCUAUAUCAAUAGUUAUUUCUCCCUUGUUAUUUUUUAUUGUAUCUGCACUUUCUCCCUUUUUUAAAAAAUUAAACUAGCAAGUCAUUUGUUUUAUUGUUUUGGUUUUUUUCAGGACUUUUCUCAUUAAUUUGAUGUACUGUUUUUCUAUUUUCUAUCUCAAUUUCUGUUCUAAUGUUUUCUUCUUUGGACUUUUUUGUAUUUUACUUUGUUCUAGUUCUUUCAAGUUAAGAAUUUAGUUCUUAUUUAUACAGGUAUUUAGGCUAUGAUUUUUUUCUGAUUACUGCUUAGAAUGUAUCUCAUAGAUAUAUUUAUUACCAUUAUUUUUCAGAAAUUAUGUAAUUUUUUUGUAUUUCCUGUUUUGUCCAAGAGCUAAGUUUAACAGAAUAUCUUUAAUUUACAAGUAGAAGGGCCUUUUUGGUUUCAUUUUUAAUUUCUUUUUUUAUUGCACUGCCAUCACUGGUAUUGUUUGUAAUAAUUUAGCCUUAUAGUUCCUGCUGAUAUUUUCUUUGUGCCCUAAUGUAUGUUCAAAACUUUUAAAUAUACAUGUGAAUGUAUGUAUAUUUAAGAUUGUAUAUCUCUAUUAUUAGGAUAUAGUAUUCAGUAUGUAUUCAAACAUCUACCUUAUUGAUUGUUAUUUAGUUCUUAUAUAUCUUUACUUUGUUUUUUGUUUGCUUGACCAGUCUUCUUGUACUGUUAUGUUAAAGUCUCCUUUUAGUAGUAUGUUUGUCUCUGUUCUUUUUGCAUCUGUUGUAGUUUCUGUUUUAUGUAGGUGUUGCCGUAUUGUGGUAUAGAUACCUGUUACAUCCUAAAUGUGAAAUGUGGAUUUUAAUACUAUAAAAGUGUCCUUCUUUGUUUUAUUUAAUGACUUUUGAAAUUUGUCUUUUGACCUUGAGUUAAACCCAUUCACAUUUAUUGAUAAUGUCUGUCAUGUUUGGGCUUAAUUCUGUUAUUUUUUUAAAUAAUUUUUAUGUGUACUACGCCAUAGUUACUGUGUCUCUUUCAAGAUUUGGUGUGUUUCUGCUUUUUUACAACAUUUUGUUAGGAAGAUUUACGUUUUUGUUCCAGUGGUUGCUUUGUAUUAAUAUUUUAUAGUCUUUUAAAUGCUUUUUUUUUUUUUUUUACUUUUACUGUCAGUUAUGUUGUCUUUAAAACAUAUCCUUUAACUCUCACCUGUUACCUAAAUGAUAGUCAGUGUUCUCAUUCAUACUUUUCUCUUUUUCUCUCCCUUUUCUUUACUUUUUAAAUUGCAUUUUUCUACUUCAUCAGAACAUCAAAUGUUGUAUAUUAUUAUUUUACCUGUGUUCCCAUCGUUAUUUCAAUCCAAACUUUUCAAUUAAAUAUAUGCAGUGCUCACUGUCAGUCCUUUUGCCAGAGUUUUCUUAGUCAUGUAUUGGUUAGAUGAAGUUCAUCUUUUAGCAGAUUCCUCAGGAAAGGCACAUCUAUACAGUAUUCUUUGAGUUCUUUUGUGUUCAACAUGAUUUUCCUAUAGUCUUGAUACUGAAAGAACACUGUGGUUGUUUAUAAUAUCCUUGGUUCACGUUUUCUUUCCUUAAGUUUCUUGAAAACAUGGCUCUACUGUUGCCUGCUUCGUAUGUUAUUUUGGUAAGUCUGCUGUCAAGUCUAAUUCUCUUGUUUUAAAAUUGUUUCAUCUUUUUGCCUAGAAGCCAUUAAGAUUUUUUCUUUAAUUUCAGAGUCUAAUAGUUAGGAUAUGUAUCACUGUGGAUUAAUCCAGACCAGUUUUCCCUCUACUUGAUGGACAUUUUCUGUGUGUAAAUAGAGGUGGCCUACUUCUUCUUCUUUCUUCUUUCUUUCGUCUUCUGUCUUCUUCUUUUUUGUUCUUCUCCUUUCUUCUUCUCUUCCUCUUUGUCCUCCUCUUCCUCCUUCUUUCUCUUCUUUUUACUCCUCCUCCUCCCUCCUCCUUUUUUUUUUUUUUUUUUUUUUUUGGUUUGUUUCUGAGACAGGGUCUUUAUUGCCCAGGCUGCAGUGCAGUGGCACAAACAUGGCCCACUGCAGCCUUGACCUCCCGGACUCAAGCAAUCCUCCUGCCUCAGCCCUCCAAGUAGCUGGGACUACAGGUGCAUGCCCCCAUGCCUGGCUAAUUUUUGUAUUUGUUGUAGAGACAGGGUUUUGCCGUGUUGCCCAGGAUGAUCUUGAAUUCCUGAGCUCAAGCGAUCUGCCUACCUCAGCCUCCCAGGUGCUGAGAUUACAGGCAUGAGCACUGCACUUGGCCCAAGGUCUUUUAUUUCUGGAAAGUUUUCUUAAAUUAUAGUUUAAAAUAUUAGUUUUAUUCUGUUGUUUUUGUCUUUCUGGGUCAUCAAUUAAAUACAUGUUGGACCCUCUUUGCCUGUCAUCCAUUUCAGUCACUUUAUUUCUGGCCAUUUUUACUCCUUGCCUACCUCAUUUUUGUGAUCAUAGUUCAUGGUUGUUUUUCUGCUUUUCUUCAAGACUCUAUUACUUUAUCCAAAUCUCUUCUUGGAGCACCUUGUAGUUUAAUUUGUAUUUUUGUUAUAUAUAUUUUUCUAUUUCUUUCUUGCAUUUAAUCAACUCUCAUUUUAUUUCUUGUUGUUUUUGUGCAUUUUAUUCUCUGUUUUUAGUACUUGUACUUCUGAUUCAGUCCAGUUUUUUAAAUAUGCUUGAGAAUAUUUAGUUGGAAUGUGCUGGUACAGUUUUCAUUGGCUUCUUGUAUUUUUGUUUUUGUUUAAUUUCUUUUAGAUAAAUGGAGAUUUUCAUCAGCUGAAAUGAAUUGUGUUGAUAAUGGGAAAAGAAGGAGGUCAGCAUGCCUUGUUCUUUUUAUAUCACCAGAGAUUUAAUCUUUCCUUCUUAUUUUAUUCUUCCCUUUUACUGCCUCAUUGUCCUCUGGAAGCAGUGCUUCACUAAAGCUUCCACUUCCAGUCUUGCUUCUUAAUAUGUAAGUAGUGUUGUAAACUAUCAAGUACUCACCUGUGUUCAGAAUUUUGGACUUUAAUAUUGCACUUUCCCUUUUUAGGCAGAAUUUUUCCUUUGCUUUGUCUAAGUCGUCUUAGACUUAGAAUCCCUUAAGACUCCCUUGCCUACUCUCCACACUUACAGGCUUACAGCAUCAGGGGAGCAGUAGGAGCUCUCUGUUGGGAGUUUUUCUUCUCUGCUUAGAGGUGACUUGAAGGCUGCAGUGUUUUCUGUCUCCUAAUAAUAGUGAAUGCAUAGGUCAUCUAAAGUUUAAUUUAUUCUCUUUGUUCGUAUAUCAUUUCAUUUAGUAGGAUGUGGGGAAAAUUCAAAAUUAGCUACCAUUGUUCUCUAGAGCUAUAAGGUUCUUUUCCAGUUUUUAAAGUAAUUUUGCUGGUUUGUGAAAUUUAUAAUUCCUGAAACCUAUGGAUUAGAAGACUGACCCUUAGAGAUAAACUAUCCUGUGCUGUCUCUUGGGAGGACAGAUUCAGCAGAAAGUUACUGGCUCUUCUCAGUUUUUCCUUUUCCCUUCUCUCUCAUAAGCAACAAGAGUAGGAAAUAAGCUCCAUUACUGUCUUUUCCUGGUGUGUUUGCUGUUAACUUGCAGGUUACCUUGGGACACAAUUAUCUUUCUGAGGAAGUUCUCAAUGGCAUGCUCAUGUUGGCUAAAGUGGGAUAUUCAUGGGUUUCAAAUUAAGAAAUAAUAUGUCUAUUAAGUCCAACAACUAUUUCUAGUCACCUGACACUAUUUAAAUCAACUGUGAUAAAUGAUGUCAUAGUGUGCAUUUUGAGUAAAAGUCAGUGAUUAAUGAUAGCUAAACCCAUUUAUAUCAGUCUGCUUGAGCUAGCGUAAAAAAAUACCAUAGACUGGGUGUCUUAACAAAGUUAUUUUCUCACAGUUCUGACAGCUGGAAGUCUGAGAUUAAGGUGCCAGUAUGGUCGAGUUCUGGUGAGGGUUCACUUUCUGGCGUGCAGACAGCUUUCUCACUGUGCCCACACAUGGCAGAGAGAGGGACAGGAGAAAGACAGAAAGCUCUCUGGUAUCUCUUAUAAGGUUAGCAAUCCUGUUAUGAAGGCCCCACCCUUAAGAUCUCAUCUAAACCUGAUUAUCUCCCAAAAGUCCCAUCUUCAAAUACCAUCACAUACGGAGUUAGGGUUUCAACAUAUGAAUUUUGAGGGAAUGUAAUUCAGUCCAUAGCACCACUCAAGACAGUACCUGUUUGGAGUAUAGAAUUCAGGAUUCUAACAGGGCAAGGAAAGUCUGACACUGGUGGUUGAAAAGAAUAGUAUUCUUGAAAAGAGCAGAAAUAAUUGUAUUGUUGAUAGUGUUAGCUAAGUAUCGUAAUCAAAUGGAGAUGAGUUCCACAAAGAAUUGAGAAAGAGAGCACGAGAGAUGCCAGCCAAAAGAAAUGGUGAGUGCUUAUUAAUGAACUGCAGCAUAGCAGGGAUAACACAACAGAAAUCAGUGAGAAAUGAAGAUCAUAUAUUAAUAUAUUAGAUAUUCCUGAAAAGACCCCAGAAGAUAAAACAGCAACUCAGAUAUAAAGACAUAUAAAGUUCCUUUUCCAGGAUGUUCUACUUUUCAGGAGGGCUAUACAUAAAUGGAAAUUAUGUUGUAAAUUUUAUUUCCCUAAAACGUGUCUGUGGGUGGGAUAGCUAAUCAGGUUCUUAUUAGCUGUCUGCUCUUAUAUAAAUUUAGCUUUCUGAGCUUUAAUUUCCUCACAUAAAAUUUUUGGGCACAUAUGAGACUUUCUUCCCAAAAUAUUAGCCCACUCCCUAUUUGCUUUCUUUUAAGGAGACGAUCCUCAUUAUAUUUUGUUCUUGCUUCCCUCUCUGCAUUCUCCCAGUAGAAGAUGGGAUAGAGAAUAGGCAGUAGAACUGUGUAUGAGGGUUCUCCAGAGAGUGAAUAGGAUAUAUAUAUAUAUAUGAAAUUAGCUCAUGUGAUUACAGAAGCUGAUAAGUUCCAAAAUCUGCUUCAAGGUAAGCUGGCAAGCUGGCAAGAAAGCUGAUGGUUUAGUUGCAGUCUGAGUCCAAAGGUCUGAGAACCAGGAGAGCCAAUGUUGCUGUUCCAGUUCAAAGGCCAGUAGGCUCAAGACCCAGGAAGAGCCAAAGUUUCAGUUCAAGUCUGAAGGCAAGAAAAAAGCAAUAUCUCAGUUUGAAGGCUGUCAGGCAAAAAGAAUUUUCUCUUAGUCAAGUGAAGGUCAGCCCUUUUGUUCUAAUCAAGCCUUGAACUGACUGAAUGAGGCCCACCGACAUGAUGGAAGCAAUCCCGUCUAUCCAUGCCACUGAUUUAAGUGUUAAUCUCAUCUUAAAACACUUUCACAGAAACACCCAGAAUAAUGUUUGACUAAGUAUCUUGGCACUCUGUGGCCUAAUCAAAUUGACAUGUAAAAUUAAUCUUCAUAGUUGACAAGGGAGUCUCAUCCUGUUGGCAAGACUUGCCGUAGAGGGAAAGGGAACAGCAAAACAAUCUAGAACUGGCCUAUAAAUAAUUUUGAUUUAGAAUUUAAAUCACAGGAAAUACUCUAUUGUUUUUGAAAUGUGAUUGUGACAUCACCAGUGAGGUCAGUCUUUACAGUAAUUUUGGUUCUGAAUAUGAAAACCGUUAAUUUUUAAAUUUGGCAAAUCAGUGGUCUAUUUUGGGACCACCUCCCCCACUACCUCCAUGAAAGCCAAACUUCAUAGCAGGGGAGUCCAAUCUUUUGGCUUUCCUGGGCUUCAUUGGAAGAAGAAUUUUCUUGGGCCAUAACAGUAACUGAUGAGCUUUAAAAUGUAUAUAUAUAUUGCAAAAAAACCCAUGAUAUUUUAAGAAAGUUUACAAAUUUGUGUUGGGCCCCAUUCAAAGCCAUCUUGGACUGCAUGUGGUCCAUGGGCCACAAGUUGGACAAGCUUGUUCUAUAGCUUACCAACAAGUAGGCCUAAAGAGGGAAGAUGAAAUAUAGUUCAUUUUAAGGGGAAAAUAGCCUACAAAAGUUUAACCUUCUGAAGAGUCAGUUGAGGCUGUUGAAAUAAACUGAUAAUGAACAGAUUAAUUGGAGAAAAGACAUACAGAUUUAUUAAUAUGCACAGGAGCCAAAUAAAAUGUGAGACUCUGAGAAGGGCCAGAUAGCUGAAACGUAAAUAGCAUAAAGGAAUGGGAGCCUGAAGCACUGGGGGGAAGUAGCAACAAGUUAGGGGAGGGAAAGGGGAGGAACCAAAUGAUGAGCAAAGGCUGUCUUACUAUUCAGAUAAAAGUUGUUUUAGAGCUGCAUCCAAAAGAAUAGGUGAUAGCCUGUCUGCCUGCAGUGAUGAAUAAAUCUCCUCUGUGGUGAUUAAUCUUUCCUGGUUGCUUAAUGAGUUUCCUAGGGAAAGGAUUCGAGACCAUUCUGUUCCUUUUGGAAGAACUUCCUUCCCUCAGUCAGAUAAGGGAACUUCAGAGAAAGGCCCUCCCUGCACUUCAGAAGAGAAGUUGUGGAAGGAGCAGAAGGUCAGAGAGAAACAUUGGUUCUGAGGCUUCGUUCUGGAGCAUUUUAAUCUCCUUUGUUCAAAGCACUCAGCAUGUUUUGGGGUGUCAUUUUCCGAGCCCCAAUACUACUAAAUUACAUUUGUCAGAUUACUGACCUUACAAUGUUGAAGAAUGUCAUCUUCCUAAAACAUACACACACAAAAAUACAGAGACCAGAAGAAGGACAGCAUAUUAUCUAGCCAAGCAUCCAGCACAGUGCGUAACACUUAGUAGGUACUUUAUAAAUAUUGAAAGAAUGACCCUUUAGACUUCUUUUGCUUCAGUAAUAUCAAAUAUGUAUUAUUUAUAGAAAAUCUGUAGGAAAGAUAAAGAGGAGAUUAAAAGUGUUAAAAAAAGUUUUUUCUUGCAGAGAAACAAAAUAAUAAUCAGGGAAGAGAAUGCCAAAAAAAUCUAAUGAACCUUCAGACAUCUUAAGGGAAACCUAAGAUAGAUGGCCUCUCUUGCUAAAAUUAAUACUAAAGAAAGGAGAGGAAGCCCAUGGCGGGGCAUGGGGUGGGGAGGGUGGGGCCCAGAAACCACACAAUAAUGCAAAAAUGAAUUUUUAUACCAUACCUUUCAACUAUAAGACUUACAAAAGAAGUUAGGAGAAGGAAAAUGUCCUGGACAACUACUCUAAAUUUACAUUACCUUAUAAAUGUACUGAAAUGUUAACUCCGCAUGAAAUAAUUGAGAUUUGUUAUUGUUUUGUAAAGAUGCUAAAUAAGGGGGGAAACAGUACUUCAGAGAAGACGUCUCUUCAUCUGGGCACAUUGCCUAAAAAGCUGAAAAUUACCAACAGAUAUUAUUCUAAAUGGGAUUUGGAAAAGAAGAAAUUUUGUGGAUUAAAUUCCAAAUGAAAUUAAGAUUACUGUGGGAGAGAAAUUGCUGAAUACUGGUCUAUUUCACCUACUUUCUUGAUUAGCAUUUGUGUUUGACCUCUUUAUCAUAUUUAUACAUUUCUAUUUUCUAUUAGGUUUUUCCAAAAAAUUGUUUUAUAGAGUUUUUAUGAUUUUGACAGUUCAACAUUUAUAUUCCAAGCAAAAGUGAUAAUCUUUUUCAAGCGUGUGUUACUAAGGUCUUAGAGAAAAUAAACCCAGUCAUUUGAUACAACAGCAGGAAAAUAGGAGUCAUCUUUCUAAAUUAAACCAGCUAUUCAUAAACCUAUUUAUUAUCUAAUUUUAUUCUACAAUUAUCCUACAUAUCUGGUUUUUCAAGUGUGGAUAGGAAGUUAUUCUGUGCAUGCCAGUAUACUCACUCUUUCUUAGCUCUUUCUUUUUUUUGAGACGGAGUCUCACUGUGUCGCCCAGGCUGGAUUGAAGUGCAGUGGCGGAAUCUCAGCUCACUGCAACCUCCACCUCCCGGGUUCAAGUGACUCUCCUGCCUCAGCUUUCUGAGUAGCUGGGAUUACAGGCCCUGGCCACCACACCUGGCUAAGUUUUUUUUAUUUUUAGUGGAGAUGGGGUUUCACUAUGUUGGUCAGGCUGGUCUUGAACUCCUGAACUCAAGCAAUCCACCCACCUCAGGCUCCCAAAGUGCUGGGAUUACAAGCAUGAGCCACUGCGCCCGGCCAGCUUUUUCUUUUUUUGAUGAUACAAGUGCUAAAUGAGUUAGUUACCUUAGUUUUCUCUAAAGUCCCCUUCUGAAGGAAGCCACCUCACCUAUGGUCAUUGCAGAAAGAAAGAGAUCUGGCCUAUUACUAUGUGACCCUUCCCAGCUACAAUGAUUAACUGGACCAGCAGCAGAAUCUUUAUCCAAAUGAAAAAAAAAUGCUGACUUCUGGCCUUGGAGAUAGCUUCUCUCAACCAUGAUGAGCUGGGUCACUUCACAUCCUUGCUCCAGAUUCUAAACCAGGUAAUUCUAAGUACUGGCUGGCAGUGAGAGAGGAAGCUGAAAGGAUACAAAGAGGCUUAAAGCAGAAGGAGGCACACAAGAGCCAACAUUCAGAAAAGCAGAAAACAUGAGUAAGAAUGAGGUGGAGAGAACUGAUCAAAUGGUAAGUUGUCCGUUGAUAGAGAAAAAGCAGAGUAUAGAAACACAGAGAGAAACAGCUGGAGAGUUGCUUAAGUUACAUUGAGAUGAAAGUUCACUUGGCUGCUGUUGAGAUAAAAUAAUACAAUCCCCAGUUCUGGUUUGUUUCCAGAACGGCCUUCCAGUUCCAAACAGAAUCAAACUUGGCUGUGCCAUAAUUCCUUACUUACCUGUUCCUUUGCCUCCUUGUGUGUUCAAAAUACAAACAAACAAACAACAACAACAACAAAACAGAAAUAUAGGCAAAUGAUUUCAGGUAUAGCUGCAGUGAAUAGUGAACAAAAUGCUGAUCUGCACUUUAUAAAAAGAAGAAAUUGGGAGAAGGAAAAUGUCCUGGAUGACAAUUCUAAAAAACAUUACUUAUUAAAUGUACCAAAAUGUUUAAACUGAAAUGUUUAAGACGGAUCUUCUGAUCUUAUAUUGUCCUUUGUUCUACUCCCUCCUCCCGCCAUCCUCCCCAAAUACAAAACACCUAAGAAAACACUCUUUGACACACAUAGCCAAUUUUUGAUUGGACAUCCCAUUGAGCUGGUUCUCAGAAGCCUAAUAUUACUAUGAUGUUCGUAACUGCUGUAUUUGUUAAGAAUGUAUUAGGUUGUGUGCAACAAAACUAAGUAAUGUUUAAAUAAUUUUUUUAACAAAGCAAGAAAUUUAGAAUAAUGCAGUUGCAGAUAUUGAUAGUGUCUUAAAUAUAGACUUUGGGAGGCUUUCAUAGGCUUUUCCUCAGUUACUCAUUCAUGUCCACAUUUGAGGCAGGAUAAAGGGAAGAGGGAUCCUCUUGUCUUACCAGAUAAAGUGAAAGUCUUUCCAGGGUCCCCAACAGUCUUCCAUGUAUGCUUUCAUUGGCAAGAAUUGUGUCACAUGGUCAUUUCUGCUUAUUAGGGAAUCUCAGGAAUUACUUGGUAAUGACUGGUGCUGGGCACCACGUUCUUCUGCAGGAAAAGGAGUUUCUAUUAGCAAGUAAUAGAUGUUAUAAUAGAGAUGAUAAUACUGAUGGAAUGGACUCUGUGACAAUAUGGCACCAAAUUAUAAACAAGUCCCCUAAGGCCAUACCUUGAGAUAAGCAAUAUUAAAACAUUUGCAGCUCACUGACUGCCAGAUGUUGACUGAUAACUCUCCCACCCCUAUUCCACAAGCCAUAAGUACAGCUUUGAUUUGACAAGAGACUGAUUUCAGUAACUUUCUGCUGAUGAGAGACUACUGAUCAUGGACUUGUUCUGGCCAGUUUACAGAGGCUGCACACUGAGUGUCUUAGCCUCUGCUGCUUCACCUUUUGACAUAGUGGGCCUAAAUACGUUUAAAUGUUAAGUCUCUAUGCCAAAGAUGCAUGCAUGCACGUUUGCUUAAUACACAUGCAGGUGUCCUCCUUUGUCAAUAUUCAUAUCUCCUCUUAUAACCUGUUGAAUAUAUAUACCUAGCUAACUUGCGUAGCAUAAAUUCCUGUCUUACCUUUCCUCCAAAGUGACUGUUUUUCGCCUCUGCUGGAGGGCAUCUAUACUUCCCUGCAGGCUGAAACACUUUAUAAGAAAUAAAGUUCUCUCGAAAUUUAUGAACCUUGAGACGAAUGAGAUGCAGACAGGCAGCACUGGAGAAUGAACACUAGUCAUGGACGCCUGGGCAUAGCCCAGAGCCAGGGACUUCCUGGGUGAGGUUGUCCUCAUACUCAACUAGCCAUCUGUUGGUGCUACAACGGCUCAAGCCUAAAUCCUGAAAUUUGCACUUUUGUUUUAGCUUGAAAAAAUUUAAAGCUACAGAAGAAUUGCAAGAAUUGUACAAUAAUAUGUCUAUAUGUAUGUAUGUAUCAUUGUUAUAUAAUAUGUAUUAUCAUCAUUGUUGAACUAAUUUUAAAUGUUGCAGACAUCAUGACCUUAUCCUAAAUACUUCACCAUAUAUCUCUUAAGAACAAGUAUAUAUUUUUUACAUAACUUAGGGCAAUAAUCAAAUUCAGAAAAUUUAAUUGAUUUAAUACUGUUAUCUAAUAUACAGUCAUAUUUCAAUUUUGUUUAUCCUUCCAAUACUGUUCCCUCCCCACCCUCCCAUCCCAAUUCAGGAGCCAAUCUAGGAUUAUGACAUGGAUUUAGUUGCCAUGUAUCUUCAGUUUCAAUUUUUCUUUGUCUUUUCAUAACAUUGACUUUUUUUAAGAGAACAGCUGGUGGUUUUAUAGAAUUCCAUCAAUUUGGGUUUGUCAGAUUAUUGGCUUAUGAUUAGAUUCAGUUAUGAAUUUUGGCAAGGAUAUUGCAGAAGUUAUGAUAGGUUCUUCUUAGUGCAACUUAUCACGAUACACAUGAUGUCUGUUUGUCCCAUUAUUGGUGAUGUUAACUUCCGUAACUUGCUCCAUUGAAAAGUACCCCUUUCCUUUCUGUAAUUGUAAGUAAUCUGUGGAGAAGAUGCUUUGAAAUUGUAUACAUAUUUUAUUUCCUAAGAAACUUUCAUCUAUUGAUAAUUAUUUCCUGAAUCAAUUAUUAUUAAAGUUUGUUGUAAAAUAAUGAAUUUCUAACUCUAUCAAAAUUUCUUUACUCCCUUCCUUCUUCCCCUCCUUCUUCGCUUGCUUCCCUCCCUUCCUCCCUGUCCCCUCUCUCCCUCCCUCCCUUCUUUCCUUCCUUCCUUCCUUCCCUCCUUCCUUCCUUCCUUCCUUCCUUCCUUCCUUCCUUCCUUCCUUCCUUCCCUCCCUCCUUCUCUCCCUCCUUCCCUCCCUCCCUCCCUACAAAACUGCUACAAGGAAACAUUGGAGAAAAUCUCCAGGACAUUGGUCUGGGCAAAGACUUCUUGAGCAAUACCCCAUAAGCACAGGCAACCAAAGCAAAAAUGGACAAAUGGGACUACAUCAAGUUAAAAUGAUUCUGCAAAGCAAAAUAUGCAACAAACUAAGUGAAGAGACAACCCACAUAAUGGGAGAAAAUAUUUCCAAGCUACCCCUCUGACAACGGAAUAAUCACUAGAAUAUAUAAGGAGCUUAGACAACUCUAUAGGAAAAAAUUCUAGUAAUCUGAUCAAAACAUGGGCAAGAGAUUUGAAUAGACAUUUCUCAAAAGAAGACAUACAAAUGGUGAACAGCCAUAUGAAAAAGUGCUCAACAUCACUGAUUGUCAGAGAAAUGCAAAUCAAGACUAUAAUGAGAUGAUCGUCUCACUCCAAUUCAAAUGGCUUUUACCCUAACAACAGGAAAUAACAAAGACUGGCAAGAAUGUGGAGAAAAAGGAACUCUUGUACACUGUUUGUGGGAACGUAAAUUGACACAACCACUACAGAGAACAGUUUGGACAUUCCUCAAAAAACUAAAAUUGAGCUUCCAUAUGAUCCAGUAAUCCCAGUGCUGGAUAGAUAUCCCCAUCCCCCACCAGAAAAAAAAGAAAUUAGUAUAUUGAAGAGAUAUCUGCACUCCUAUGUUUGUUGUAGCACUGUUUACUAAGCUAAGAUUUUGUUACAGCACAGUUUACUAAGCUAUGGAAACAACCUUAGUGUCCAUCAACAGACGAAUGCAUAAACAAAAUGUGGUAUUUAUACACAAUAGAGUACUAUUCAGCUAGCCAUAAAAAGAAUGAGAUCCAGUCAUUUGCAACAACAUGAGUGGAACUGGAGAUUAUUAUGUUAAGUGAAAUAAGCCAGGCACAAAAAGACAAACAUUGCAUGUUUUCACUAAUUUGUGGGAUCUGAAAAUCAAAUCGAUUGAACUAGUGAACAUAGAGAGUAGAAGGAUGGUUACCAGAGGCUGGGUAGUGUAGAGGGGGGUUAGAAGGAGGUAGGGAUGGUUAGUGGGUAAAAGCAAACAAAUAAAAAUAGAAUUAAUAAGAUCUACUUUUUGAUGUCAUAAUAGGGUGACUAUAGUCAAUGAUAAUGUAUAUUUUAAAAUAAAGUGUAAUUGGGUUGUUUGUAACUCAAAGGAUAAAUGCUUUUGUGGGGAUGGAUACCCCAUUCUCCAUGAUGUGCUUAUUUCACAUUGCAUGCCUGUAUCAAAGCAUCUCAUGUACCCCAUAAAUAUAUGCACCUACUAUGUACCCAUAAAAAUUUUUGUAAAAAGUUGAAAAAUAUAUUUUUUAAUGAUCCUGAUUUGGUCAGUGGGAACACUUUUUUGGUUUCUCUAAUUUUCUUAUCAUUUUAAAAGCAUUUUAUUAUUUUCUAGGCAAGAAAACAUUCCAGAUUUCUUAUAUUAACCCAAGAAUCAUUCAUUUCUACAAGUAGAAUGGUAUUUAGAAAUGAAGACUUGGGCUGUAGGUGUCACUUUGUAACUGAGAUGUCUCAACAGUCAGUGCUAGGAAAUAAAUGUGUGUGUGUGUGUAAAUUUAUACUGAUACUUCUCAUUCCCAUCCAAUAGCACAGAGUUCUUCAUUGCCUUUCUCCGUUCCAUAUUUGUAUCUCUCUUCUGCUAUAAUGGAAACCCUGAUUCCUAAAAUAAAACAAUGUUUAUUUAUUGGUACAAUUCAAUAAUAGGCACAAAAUUUCUACUCCCAUGCCACCACAAUCUAGAAAUCUAUUAGAGGUCAAAAUUUCUUUGCACACACUCUGAAGUUCCUUUGGAUUUUCCCCUCCUUGUGGUUAUGUCAUGAACUUGGUUAGGUUCAUUUGUUUCUAUUUGUGUUCAAUUUUAGUUUGUUCCCCACUUUUGUUGACUUAUUUUUAUUUUUUAAUGUUUAAAAUAUUUACAUGUUUUCUGAGUUCAAAACUUUGCAAAAAGAUAUUUCAGAAUUGUGCUUAUUAUCCAUUCUUGAUUCUUCUCUCCUCUAUACUCAUUGGAUACUCUUUCUUGUAUUUCUGAUAUUUUUCUAGGCUGUAAAUAAGCCAUCAUUGCCUGUCAACUUGAUUACGUGUAUUGCCUCCUAGCUGGUUUUGCCCCCCUUUCAAUCCAGUAAUUCGAACCUGGGCUGCACAAUAAAAUCUUUUAAGGAACUUUAAAAUAUAUUGGUGCCUAGAUUCCACCUCCAGGGAUUUCAAAUAAUUCUUCUGGAGGGGGCUGUUAUUGGAUUAAAAAAAAAAAACAGCCUAGAUCAUUUAUGAAACUACCUAGAUGAAAACCACUGGGCAAUUCAAUGAUUUUUUGUCAAUGAACAUCUCAUUAUGUUACAUUCCCAGCUUAAAAUUUCGAUAGCUUCCCAGUGUCCUGAGCAUGAACACCUAGCUCCUUCCUAUGGCUCCAUGAUCUAGGCUUACUUCUCCAGUUAGACUUGUGCCCCUUCUCCCUAUGCUGUAAGAGCCACCCAGACUAAACUACUUUUAUCCCCAGGAAUCCACCAAGGGCUUGGCCACCUCCAGGCCUUAGCACACACUGUAUCUUCUGCUUAAACCCUCUUUUUCCUAUUCUUUAUCUGGCCAAUAUCUAAUCAUUUGGGUGCCAUCAUAGAUAUGACAGAAUUUAAUCACGUCUUUCUUACCUGAUCUUCCACGUCUGGUUUAGGAGCCUGUGCAUGUUCUUCCUUGGACCCCCUUAUCACUGUUUUAAUAAAAAUGUGUAGUAACCUUCUGCUUUUUGCUUAUCUCACCCUACUAGAUGACAAACUUUGUGGGAGAAAGCCAGCCUGUCUCUGUCAUCAUCAGUGCCUAUCACCAUGCUUGGCCAUUGUGGCUGCUCAAUGAAUGAAUGGGGAAAUAAAUAACUGAGUGGAUAAACAAAUAAAUGUAAAUUGCCUUCUUUUGAUAGAAUCCAUUUGCCAUAACCAAGUUCCAAAAUCCUCACUGGUAAUCCAAUAAGAGAAGCAGGUAGUGCAGGACUAAGUGUGUGGCAGGUUGCACAGAUGCUUGACUGACAGGUCAACUUAUUUAUCCAUAUGACGAUUUCAUUUAUAAUUAUCAAAAAAGUAUUUAAAAUGUCCACAGUCAUGUUCUGAGUACUUCCAGUAUAAAUGCAAUAAUAUUACCUGGGAUAUAGCAUCUUUUAUUUUUCUGUAGAGCUCUUAGGAUUCUUAUAUUUUCCUUCCCUGUCCUUCUUAAAUUAAGUACUAGAAGAGACUUUAAAGACCAUGUAAUUUAUUCUUACAAUUUUACAGGUGAAGAUUUUGAAACCAGAGAAGUUAAGUAACUUACCCAAGGUCAUGAAGCUGUUUAUUGUCGUAUAUCUGUAUCAUUUUCCUCCUAAUUGAAAACUUGACUCACUUCCCUAAAUUAAUGCCCCCCUUGGUAAAGUUGUAAGCCCCAUGAUUUCCUCCACUGUAUUUUCCCAAUAGGUACAUGAGCUCUUUUUCCUGAGCUAAUCACCACCCCACCCCCGUGUAGUGGACAUGAACAAAACAAUUAUCACUUGUACCAUUUGCUCUGAACAUACAAGAGUGUGUUUUUAAAGCUCUCCUAAGAACCUCAUAUUGUUUCAGACGAUGACAAGAGUUAAUCUUGAAAAUUACAAAACCAAAAUGUGUUGAGUAAAUUGAGAUCCAUUUUCUCUGACAGCAUUUGGCCUAGGCAAUGAUUGCAACAGCUCCAUCUGCAUUUUGUAAGAUGUCUUCUUUAUGAGUACACUUGCAACAACUUGAUGUAGGAGUGCACUUCCGAUAUUAAUUUGAUGACUGCUGCUCCUGCUGUAGACAAAUAGAGGCCCUUGGUCUUCACGGCUUUCAAUCAGAGGCACCAUGCUCAGGAGGCACACUAUGUUCUGUGAGAAAUAUUUAUUGUGCCAGUAUUCUUUCUUGGGACUAUAGCUUUCAAUCUUUCAAAGUGCGUUUUGUUUCAGAACUUUGAUUUUUACAAGUGUAAAAUUCCUUUCUAUUGCCCUUUUUCCCUAUUUCUUUGUUUUCCUAGACAGAAUUUCCUAAAGUAAACAAAGGUGAAGUGGUAGCAUUUUUCAUAGAAAUAUGGAUGUUUCUGAUUUUUUUGUGGUUAAGUAGAGGGUUUGCCCAGAAAAAAAAGAGUAUGAAACAGAUUAAAACAUAUAUAUUUGAUGCCAAUCCAUUCCCCUUUCUGUGAUCUCCUUUUUGUUGGUUAAAACAUUCAUUCAAUAUUUAUUUGGUGCCUACUAUGUGUCAAGCACUGUGCUAGGUGUUCAGUAUUGUAGGUAUAUUAUUACAAUAUAAUGAUUGUAUUUAUUUCUAUCUUAUAUUAGUUUAAUAAUAAUAAACUUCAACAACAUAGAUUUCUAUCCAUAAACUUUCUUUCCUGUCUUCCCAUAUAAAAAAAUGUAUUAGUUUCCAUGGGCUGCCAUAACAAAAUACCACUAACUCAGUGGCUUAAAUAACAGAAAUUUAUUUUCUUGUUUCUAGAGACAAGAAGUUGACAUAAAGGCAUUGGCAGGGCCAUAUUCCCUAUGAAGGCACUAGGAAAGGACCUAUUCCAGGCUUCACUUACAGCUUCUGAUAGUUCCUUGUCUUGUGACAGCAAACCCCAGUCUUUACAUGGCUUUCCCUAUGUGUUUGUGUAUGUGUGUGUGUUUAUAGACAAUUUCCUAUUUUUAUAAGGACACCAGUCAUAUUGGAUUAGAGCCCACACUACUCUAGUAUAACCUAAUCUUAACUAAUUACAUCUCCAAUGACCCUAUUCCAAAUAAGGUCACAUUCUGUGGUACUCGGGUAGCCCCAGUUGGGACUUCAACAUAUUAAUUCUGGGGGCACACAGUUCAAGCCAUAACACCCAUUCAGAUGUCACCAAUUCCAAAGCUAUUUUUACUCCAUCUACCAUGCCUCCUCAACCAUAUAUAAUUAAGCAGUCUUUUCCUUAACAUGCGUACCAUUUCAUCUACACCCUUUUUUACCUAUCUGAUUCAUAUGGAUGGUUUAUGUCAUUUUCUAGACUUUAUGCUCCUUAAUAUUAAGACCCAUAACUGAUAGCUAUUGGGUAUCACCAGGGUAGUGCCCUACACAUGUUAAGUCACAUAAACAUAUAAAAUGAAUGAAUGAUCCAACCAAAAAAUAAAUAUUUACAUAGCCAUUUCUGGCUAGAAAAUGUCUCUCUAUACAUGAUUUCAUUUGAGCCUCAAAGUAAUUAUUUGCACUGUCCAUGUAGGAAUCAUUAUCUUCACUUAGGACUGUGGAAACUGAUGCCCAAUGAGGGUAAAUUUUAGAGUCACAUGGACAUGGUGGAGGCUGCACCAAAAUUCAGGUCUCCUGACUCUAAAUUUAGAAUUACUGUUUCAUUGUAUUUUAUUCCCUUCAGAGAUACUCUUAUCGCUACCUUAUACCUCUGCCACCCCAGUUAGUGGUCAGUGCUUACCCAAAGUACUGUAACUGCCCACAGUUUCCCCAUAUGAGGCAACUUAUCUGAGAAACUUCUAGUCUUAUGCUCUGACAUGUCUCCCCUUCUCUCUCUUUAUCUCUCUCCUUCUCUCUGUCUCUCUCUGUGUCUCUGUCUCCGUGUGUGCACGUGUGUUUACAUGUAUAUAUAUCUCUUCCUUUGGGGUUAAGCCAUUCAGUGAGACCAAAUUAAAUUAAAAUCCACUUUCCUUCUAGAAUAGAGUGUUUAAUGUUUUAGGAACAAAACGUCUGAUUCUGGGGAUUCAGGCACUCAGACAGUCUAAGAGGGUCACAUUAUGAUAGACAGUAGUUACACUGCUUUGAAUAUCAUUUCUGUUGUUAUUAAAAAAAACAGAUUCAGACAGUGCUGAACAGACCAGGCCCUCUUAGGGAAGAUGUCUAUAGUUGACAUUAACUCUGACUAAUCAUAAGGAAGAAAGCAUUUUUUCAAAAUGAUAAAACCACACAUCUACUAACUCAUACAAAUGUGUGCGCGCACACAAUCAUUGCAUUUAAUAACUAACAUUGAAGUAUUGAUAUAGCGUUGCUCUCUGGAAUAGAUUUAGACAUAAGACCUUCCUAAACACAAUGAAAAUGAUUACAGAAUCUCAGCUUUAAUGUGAAACAUCAUGAUAUAGAUAAUUUUGCUUCAUUCUGUUUUACAAUUCUAAUAUUCCAGUCUCUCUGUGAACUCCUACCUUAUUUUCCCAAGGUUGCAGGAAAUUUACCUCCUUCCAACUGUGUAAUAAUAUUAAUGUUAAUUCAUGUGCAUAAUGUUUUAAAAUUUACAUAGAGUUUUCACUGUAUUUUAUCUUUUUAACCUUAAAAUGAUUCUAUGAGAUAAACAAUUCUGCUAUCUUCAUUUUGAGAAAUGACUCAACCUGCCCAAGAUGAUAGGGCUGAAAAUGAGAGAAACAAGACUUGAACCUGGUAUUCUGACUCCAAAUUUUAAGCCCAUUUGACUUUAUUUCCUAGUAUGGGCUUUCUUAUUUCUUUACUUUUUGCACGUUUUAGCUCCUGAACUGGGUUAGAAUUUAUUGUGGUGUUUAGCAGUCUACCCUGCACAGGGCUUUAUACUAUGGAGAAACUUGGGAUUUGAACUCCAGCUUUUCUACUUCUUGCUGGAUGAUCCUAACACGUCAUUUGCCCUGCCUAAGCCUCAGUUUCUUCAGCUAAAAAUGGUGACAAUAAUAGUGCCCAUAUCAUAGGAUUUCCAGGAAAAUUAAAAGAACUAAUCUAUAUAAUGUUCUUAAAGUGCAUAGCGUCAUUCUAUUGGCAUUGCUACAUUAUAGAAUUUGCAAGUUGUAUGAAGUUGGAUGAGAUAUUUUUUGUUUUAGUUUCCUCAUCUGUCAAAAAAAAGAGAGAAAACAUUAGGUAUCUUGCAGAGAUAUCACAAGAAUUAAAUAAAAUAACAUUUGUGAAAGUGCUUAACACAAUGUUUGGCAUAUACUAGGAGCUCAAUAAUUGUUCAUUUCCCACCUAACUGCUUUCUGUCUUUCUUCAAGGAGACAAUCAGUAAAUGCUUACUGGAUUAUCUGUGACUCCUUUCAUGCAAUGAUUUUUUGACUGUUUUCUAGUGGCUCUAAACAUGAAUGCGAGUGUUCGAUAUCUAGGUGGUUUGACAAACUGUUCUAAAGCCCCAGGUAGAAUAGCAGGCAGUUUUCUCAGAGAGGCAAUGGAAAGGAAUUUAGUAAGCUAGUUCAGAGCAAUUGCCGAGUAACUGGCUCCCUUAUGAAGGCCCCACUGAUGACUGAGAGACCCACGUGUGACUGAAAACAAGGAUGCUGGAUUUCAAAGAGAAGAUAUGCUAAAGCAAAGAGGGACAAAUGUGAUUCGUUGUUGGAAAUACUCACCAGAAUUUGCAUAAAUAGAUUGACCUUCUGAAUACUUUUUUUUUUUUUUGAGACAGUCUCACUCUGUUGCCAGGCUGGAGUGCAAUGAUGCGAUCUUGGCUCACUGCAACUUCAGCCUCCCGGGUUCAAGCAAUUCUCCUGCCUCAGCCUCCUGAGUAGCUGGGAUUACGGGUGUGUGCUACAAUGCCCGGCUAUUUUUUGUAUUUUUGUAGAGACAGGGUUUCACCAUGUUGGCCAGGCUGGUCUUGAACUCCUGACCUCAAGUGAUCCACCUGCCUUGGCCUCCCAAAGUGCUGGGAUUACAGGCGUGAGUCACUGUGCCCAGCCAUGAAUACUUUUAAGUACUGAUCUCCAUAUUAAAUUCAGUGGAUCCUAAGUGUCUACUGAUUAAGUCUUAGUGGGCUUUUUUCAAGUAAGUUAGAACAUUUAAGUCAAUAAUUUUCUCAGUUUUACAAUCUAUUUCCGCAUCUAUUUUUAAAUUUGGCUACCGCUGCUUGCUUCUUUAUGAUAUGUAAUUUACUGCAAAAUUAUAUAUUUAAUUGUUUUAGGAUAUCAUUAUUUCAAUAAUUCUGUGUUCAAAUACUUGAAAAGUUUGAGAAAUGCUGUUAUGAAAAUACAGUUUUGUCUGGUUACAGUGGCUCAUGCCUAUAAUCCCAGCACUUUGGGAGGCUGAGGCAGGGGGAUGGCUUAAGCUCAGUAAUUUGAGAUUAGCCUGGGCAACAUAGGAAGACCCCAUUUCUACACAAAAGUUUUAAAAUUAGCCAGGCAUGGUGACACAUUCCUGUAGUCCCAGCUACUUUGGAGGCUGAGGUGGAAGGGCCUGUGAAGUUGACGCUGAAGUGAGCUGUGAUCAGAGCACUGCACGCCAGCCUGGGUGACAAGGCAAAACUCUGUCUCAGAAAAAAAAAAAAAAAAAGAAAGAAAGAAAAUAAUUUUAAAAUUACAGUGUUGUUAAUUUAACAAUGGAAACUACUUUCUCAAAAGAUAGGAUUAAUUGAAAGCCAACAUUUACUGUGACAUGUGUCUCUGAGCAAUGGUGGGCAUAGAGAUGUAUCUCAUUUAUCUUUGCUUUUCCAGUGUUUAGAAGCAGCACCUGGGACAGAGUAAAGCCUCAACACAUAUUUGCACAUUACACAGAAAUUGUAUGAAAAAAAUGCAUGUUUUCAAAAAGCACUUGAUAAUUUUAAGUGGCUUGAAGAUACUGUCUCAAAUUUUAUUUCUGUCACUAAUUUUCUUUCUCUCUUUUUCUUAAUGACCUUUGAGUCAUAUGAUUUUCUUUUUUUCACAGAAUUCUGCUUCUCUUUCUGAUUCAGUGCCGCCUAUUCCCAGGACUCUUGCUUGAUAACUCAAGGUUAUAGGUGAAUGUCUCCUUUACCCACCUUGUUUACAAAUGAGCAUACAUUGCUGUAGUGUCGAGAAGUUUAUGCAACACGCCGUGUUGGGCAAUGUAAGGCCGCAGCAUUAGUGAGGUAUCAUCCCUGUUCUUAGGAGUUAAUCUAAUGGGAGAGAGAGAGAUACACAGACAACUAAUUACAUUACAAAGCAGGAAGAAACAGUGCUGUGGUUAAAGUCUGAAAAAAAUGCUGUGGUUGCAGCGUGAAAGGAGUAAUUAAUUCUAACUGGGAGGAUAAGGAACAAAGAAGGAAAGAAACUAAUAUCUGUUGAGGGCUUAAAAGGUGCCAAGGGCAGGGCCAGAGCUUUCCCCAGGCUUCGAGACGAAAUUCCUUUACACAGAGCCAGCGGGUGUCUGGGGCUUUGCUGGAAGGCAUGAGGUCAAGAGGCAAGAAGAUGAUGGGAAAAACAUCCUUUCUUUCUCUUCCUGUAGCAGUGAGGACUUGAGAAGGAGCAGUGAGGACUUGAGAAGAACAAGGAGCAGUGAGGACCUGAGAAGGCUGGGCCGGAAAUGAGGUUCCUAAGGUAAAACUGAUUUCAGUUGAAGUGAGGAGGUGGAGGGAGAAUUUAGGCAAAGAUUAACGAGUGAGAACAGGCUUCAGUGUGAAUGGUGGGCAAAGAAAGAAAGAGGAGUUAGAAGAAAAGGAAAAGGGAGAUCUAUAUGUUGGUGGGGAUAAAUUGUGGGGGGGAAGGAGAAUGGGGCUAAUGAUCAUAACUGCCUUGUAGGGCAUAUUAUGCUCAGACAUGUGUCUCUGAGCAAUGGUGGGCAUAGAGAUGUAUCUCAUUUGUCUUUAUUAUUAGCUGAACCAGUUUUAUCAUUAGAUUUAUUAUAUUAUGGUAUACUGUGUUUUUCUCACAUUUUCAAUAAGUUGGAAGCUUUUUUGGACCAUUUCUAUUUUAUAUACAUAGAAACUAAGACAAAAAGAAUAUAAGGAAUGGAUUCCUAUCCUAUAAGAAUAAAACAUUUUCUCCGUGUAAAACAUACAAUUCCAGAAUUUAAUGCUCUUUUCUUUGGCUAAUCAUAUUGUUUCAUAAUAUGUAUCCUACUUUGUAGAAAAUAUAAUGGUAAAAAGUAGUCCUUAAAUAAUAUAAAAGGAAGGUCUAUAUUUAUGUCAGUGGCAAUAAAUUGUGGGGGAAGGAGAGAGCAGGGAUUUGGGUGUGGACUGUGAAUUGUGAUAAAGACACAGAUGGGUGUGUCUAUUCGGUGGAGAGAAUUAUUCAGUCCCAAAGUGUCAAAGGCCAAUGGAUGUAUCAGCUUACUCUGCCCUCUUGGUGCUUAGGGAUCCACUAUGCUGGCAGGUGUUGUCUGAUCCCUACAGGAGAAGGGGGCAAAUGUCAAUCUGCUUUUUGGCCUUCUAAAGGUGAUUAAACUGUCACCAUCUUGAUUUUCACAAUAUCAUAAUUGAUUCAUGGCAAGCAAGAGGGAAAAUUUCACCAGUCAAGAGACUAGUUAUGGAUUUUACAGUGCCGCAGGAAUUUAACCUGAAAAUUAACCACACAGUUACAGAGAAGGUUAGAGCCAUUUAAGCCUUUAUGAUCAAGAAUUAUUUCUAAUGUCAUAAUUUUAUAGCAAGAAAACUGUGUCAAUUGAUUAACUUCUACUGUAAUUUGUUAGCUGCUCAUUAUACUUUCCUGUUUUGACUAAUGAAAACAUUUAGGGCUGCAACUUUAUGGAAGCUAAGUAGGCCAGGCAGCUUGUCUGUCUUAGAAUAAUUAGAGAAUUUUGCAUUGUCAGCCAGUGGGAUACCUACCUCUCGUGGUUCAUCUUUACAGAAUGUUUUUCCUAUUUCCUCUCCCUUCCCUCAUUAGUGUCUGCUACUGAACUAAGCCCAACUCUCUAGAAUAUCACUAUAAAACAUUUUACAAACAUUUAUGGGGCUGAUCCAGCUGAUUUAAAGUAUUAUUAACUUACUAACUAGGGUGGUAAGAAGACAAAUCGUGUUCCCAUGUAAGAUAACUUAGGGGAACUUGUAGUAUUAGGGCUUAAAAAUGUUUUCCUAACUUACAAGAAGGGCUUAUCUAAGAAAAGCAAAUCUGGUAAAUACACCCCCGUUCUGUGUGUGUGAUACAUAUCAAUACAUAUAUACACAUCUAUAAUGCCACUCUUUCCCUUUGAUCCUAGCUAUGGCUUCAGAAUGCUCUGAACACAGCACUGUGUUGGAACACUGAACACAAGAGGUUGGAAUUGGCAUUAAAGAUGAGCUAGAUGGAUAAUUGCCCUGACUAGACUGUAAAGCCCUUAUGGCAGGCACCAGGUCACAAUUCAGGACUUGACAUAUAUUAGGCAUAUAUAUAUAUAUAUAUGUAUAUAUAUAUAUAUAGAGAGAGAGAGAGAGAGAGAGAGACAGUGUCUAUCUCUGUCACUCAGGCUGGAGGGCAGUGGCACGAUCUUGGCUCACUGCAACCUCCGCCUCCCAGGUUCAAGCGAUUCUCCUGCCUCAGCCUCCCAAGUAGCUGGGAUUACAGGUGCCUGCCACCAUGCCCAGCUAAUUUUUAUAUUUUUAGUAGAGACGGGGUUCCUCCAUGUUGGCCAGGCUGGUCUUGAACUCCUGACCUCAAGUGAUCUGCCCGUCUUGGCCUCCCAAAAUAUGGAAUUACAGGCAUGAGCCACCGUGCCCUGCCUAUUAGGCUCUUAAUAAAUGUUUUUUUGAAAGAAUAAUGAGAGAUGGAUGAAAAAAUGAAAGCAUGAAUGAAACUUCAUUUUUUUCUAUAAUGGGUACAGGAACUCCUACAGGAUGCUCUUCUCUCUGUUCUGUACCAUGCCUCUAGUGAACACCAGCUCAGAGAAUGUUAGAGCCGGAAGAGACCCUAGAGAAGAUGUAAUGCCAACUUUUUAGUUUACGGAAGUGAAAAUAAAGUGCAACGGGCACAUCCAUCUAAAGUGCAGUGAUACAGUUGGGCAGUGUCCCCACCCAAAUCUCACCUUGAAUUGUAAUAAUCCUCACAUGACAAGGGUGUGGCCAGGUGGAGAUAAUUGACUUAAGGGGGCGGUUUCCCCAUACUGUUCUCCUGGUAGUGAAUAAGUCUCAUGAGAUCUGAUGGUUUUAUAAAUGGGAGUUACCCUGCACAUACUGUCUUGCCUACUGCCAUGUAAGACAUGACUUUGCCCUCAUUAGCUUUCUGUCAUGAUUUUGAGGCCUCCCCAGCCAUGUGAAAUUAUGAGUCAAUUAAACCUCUUUCCUUUAUAAAUUACCCAGUCUCCGGUAUGUCUUCAUUAGCAGUGUGAAAACAGACUAAUACAUGCAGUAUCUGAAGUUUGGGAGCCAUUCUGUUCUCUUCCGUAUGUUACUAUUUGUGUAACCUUUGGCAUUUUCUUUGCUUUUUUUUUUUUUUUUCUUUUUUGAGACACGGUCUCAUUCUGUUGCCCAGGCUGGAGUGCAGUGGCACAAUCUUGGCUCACUGCAACCUCUGCCCCCCAGGUUCAAGGGAUCCUUCUAACUCAGCCUCCUGAGUAGCUGGGAUCACAGGUGUGCACCACCAUGCUCGGCUGAUUAUUUUUGUAUUUUUAAUAGAUACAAUGUCUCGUCAGUUGCCCAGGCUGCUCUCGAACUCCUGAGCUGAAGCCAUCCACCUGCCUCAGCCUCCCAAAGUGCAGAGAUUACAGGCGUGAGCCACCUUACCCGGCUUUUUGCUUCUUUAUCAGUAAAAUGGGGAUAAUGAUCACAUCUGCCUUGUAGGAUUGUUGUGAAGCUUAAACAAGACAAUGAACAUAAAGUUUUAGUGCCUGGCACAUGGUUAAUACUCAAAAAAUGUUAAUUUUUCUUCUUUUUCUUCUCCUUUUCAUUAUUAUUAGCUGAACCAGUAAUGACACUGCAAGCAAUUUUAUCAUUAGAUUUAUCAUAUUAUGUUAUGCUGUGUUUUUUAAAUCACAUUUUCAACAAGUUGGAAGCUUUUUUGAACCAUCUCUAUUUUAUAUACAUAGAAACUAAGACAAAAAGAAUAUAAGAAACAGAUUCCUUUUAUAUAAAAAUAAAACAUUUUCUGUGUAUAAAACAUAAAAUUCCAGAAUUUCAUGCUUUUCUCUUUGACUAAUCAUAUAGUUUCAUAAUAUAUAUCCUAUAUAAUGGUAAAAGUUGUCUUUAAAUAAUACAAGAUGUCAUUUAAUAAAAAAUGAGUGGAAUGAACUGUCCUUUUAUUUCAAAAAAAACCAUUUCAACAUUUACAUUAUAUAUUUAAACUUUCAGCUGGAGAGGGGGAAGUGAAAGGGAAAGUUUUAGUUGGCUUUGUGUUGGUUGCCAGGAAACAUACAAAAGGAUCAGAACAGAUGAAACAAACAACUCCACAUUGCUGGGAAGGUGGCAUUCAGAGUCAAGUACUUCAUUGGUAGGGAAACUCUGCAGCUUUGUCAUCUAACUCUUCCAGACAAGAAAGUGGAAUUGAAAACUACAACAUGUUAAUGGAAGCAAGGUUAGUCAAAGAGAUUUUUGGGAAGGUGCUUUUCUAAUGCAUUUAAAAUGAGGAUUGGAAGUUGUUUUCUGUGUCAGUUACUAUAAAUGUGGGGAAAGCUUUACACAUUUUUAAUCAAGCCAGGUUAAACAGAGUAUAAGGAAGGGGUAAAAAUACCAUUUGAAAACCAUUCAACUGUAAAUUUUGAAAAUAAACUCUAGAAUCAAAUAAGUGAGAGGGUUGAGGGCUUUCAUUUCCUACCUCAGCUUGAACAUUUUGCCUCCUGAUCGUAUGCCUUGAAAGGUUUGUACUUUCAUUUUGGAAUUCUGUUGCUAAGUUGAGUUUCUUUUCAAAAGCACCUGUUGAAGGAAAAAGAAGAUCCAUCCUUAUAGAAAUAGUUGAAGGCAACUGAGAAAAGUUGAAGCCAUUAUGAGUUGCCAGAAAGCUGCACUUGAGUUAAACAUAGGGUCACAGCUUGGGCCAAAGAGUCCUGAGAGAACAGAAGGUGUAACUGCAUUUGAAGACUAUGGCACAGGCCUGCUUGAAAACCAACUCAGCGUGGGUGACUUUGUAAAAAUACAGAAGGCCUUUGAGUCCCCAGAGCCAAGGAAAAUCAUUUGUAUGUCCAGAGAAGACUUCACGCAGAAGAUGACAGAGAUUGUUGGUUGGGGCACGAAGGAAGAAUACGGGGAGCUCUUUGACAAAGUGGAUGUGGCCCAAGAUGGCUUCAUUAAUUGGGACAAGCUGACUUCAUUUAUACUGCUAGAGCUUUAUGAGCAAGAUGAACGAGCAAAGGCAACUGUGGUGCCCCAGUGGAAGGACCUUGAAUUCCUCCCAGUAAAACACAAGGAAACCAUUCAAAAAGUAAUUUUCUUAAAAAAUUCAAGUCAUUAUCUGACAAUUAGUAAAGAAGGUUUAUUGGCAAUCUGGGGAGAGCAUUUAAAGCUGCAAGAAACAUUCCCCAUCACUUCAGAUGCCACUAAGCUCAAACACCUGUGGGUGACAAGUCUGGUUUCUCUGGAAAAUGUAAACAAGAUAGCAGUGGCUUUUACAAGUAAAGAGAUUUGUUUCUAUGAUCUGCUGUCCAAAGAAGAAUUUGCUUGCCAAUACAAACUCCAAGGCCUGAAAGGAACACCAAUUUGCCUGGAUUAUUGGUAUGAUCCUCUUGAUGCCAAUGAAUCAAUUCUUUCUUUUGGGGAUAUAACUGGAAAGGUUCAAGCAAUUGCUUUCACCGCAGCCUUGAUUUCCCUGUUUGAACGGCCUGCUAGUGCAUGUGAAGUUGGAGAAGCCACUAUGACCAUUAACUGGGCAGAGCUGCUCUCUGGAUGUCACAAAUGUUGCCAUAUAUUAGAGCAUAAACUUCAUCAAGGAGAUUGGGUCAGGCAAGUUACUUACAAUGCAUCUUUAGACGCUAUCAUUUCCAGUACAACCAGCAAUACAAAUAGUGUGGUGCUGGCUUGGAGAGAGAAAUCAAAAAAGCGUCUUAAUAUGACAUCCUUCAACAUUGCCCAGGGCAUUCAUGCUUUUGAUUAUCACUCUCGGCUCAAUUUAAUUGCAACUGCUGGCAUUAACAAUAAAGUUUGCCUUUGGAAUCCCUAUGUUGUCUCUAAACCAGUGGGUGUCCUUUGGGGCCACUCAGCCAGUGUAAUAGCCGUCCAAUUCUUUGUGGAAAGAAAACAACUUUUCAGCUUCUCCAAGGAUAAAGUUUUGAGACUCUGGGAUAUUCAACACCAGCUGUCCAUCCAGAGGAUAGCUUGUUCUUUCCCCAAAAGUCAGGACUUCAGAUGUCUCUUCCACUUUGAUGAAGCCCAUGGACGACUUUUCAUCUCGUUUAAUAACCAGCUAGCAUUGUUGGCAAUGAAAAGUGAAGCCAGCAAGAGGGUGAAAAGCCAUGAGAAAGCAGUCACUUGUGUUCUUUACAAUUCUAUCUUGAAGCAGGUAAUCAGCUCUGAUACAGGGUCUACUGUUUCCUUCUGGAUGAUAGACACUGGGCAGAAAAUCAAACAGUUUACUGGUUGCCACGGCAACGCAGAAAUCAGCACUAUGGCCCUUGAUGCAAAUGAGACUCGGCUUUUGACUGGCAGCACAGAUGGGACUGUAAAGAUAUGGGACUUCAAUGGAUAUUGUCACCAUACACUAAAUGUUGGGCAAGAUGGAGCUGUGGAUAUUUCACAAAUCCUCAUUCUUAAGAAGAAAAUACUGGUUACAGGCUGGGAGAGGUAUGAUUAUGCCUCAUGGAAAACUAUAGGAAGGUCUAUUACUGUGUUUCGACCCCAAAACUUCAAUCAGUUUUUCAUCCAGCCUGAAGAAUGGAAAGGAGGCAUACAGCACCAUGAUGACAUCUUGUGUGCUGAGUUUUUACCUCCACAAACUCUUGUUACGGGGAGUUAUGAUGGAGAAAUUGUUCUAUGGAACAAUAGCACAGAGAAUGCUCACCAAGUUCUUCACCCUGAUUACCAGAGGUUGCUAAAGUCAAAAUUAGAUACAAAACCUCAAAAACUUCUCAGUGCUGGGAGAAGCCAACCCUCCCACCCCGUGGCAGACCAUUCUACCACGGGAGUCCGCAACUUUGAGAUUGACACUGAGGGCAAAAAUGCUGUUAUGAGACUUUGCUUCCUUAAAGCAAGAAAAAACACUGCAGUGACAGGAGGAGCUAACCUGGUAUCAUGUGGAGGAUCUGGUUAUGUCAGAUUUUGGGAUACAUAUAAGAAGCAACUUCUGGCUGAAUUUUUGGCUCAUAGUGGAGUUGGAUCGAUUAUUAUGUCUACUGAUAAGAUGAAUCGAUACCUUACCACAGGAGAUCUUGAUGGAUGGUUGAAAAUCUGGAAUAUAGAGGAGUACUGUCUUAACUCCAGUAAGAACAAAAUCACCAAGGCCCCAACUCUGAUAAGAUCAUUCCAACCUCAUGAGGACCGAAUAAGUUCCUUAGAGAUGUGUGAGCCAGGUGGUCAGUUACUGAUUAUCUCCUCCUCUGCAGACUGCAGUAUUUGUGUGACUGGUGUCUGCAAUGCUCCUGUUUGGAUCUUUGGUCAGGCAAAGCACUGGCAUAUUGAAAACUGCCUUUUCCUUCCUAAAAGAGAUACUAAUUUAGUGGAAAGUGAGAUUCAAAAGGAAAUUUCUUUAUUUUCUAAGGAGGAAUCUUGUUUAGACCCAACAGAACAUUCUCUACUUAAUAAGAAAAACAAAGAUGACUCAACGUACAAUGUCGGACCAUCAGAAGAUAUAAAUUUAGAUAUAAAAUAUAAGGAAAGGAGUACCUGCAUGAAAGAAACACAAAAACCUUAUUAUGGUGAAGUUAUAAAAAAAUCAUUCAGUACAUUUAGGUCAUUAAACAUUGGAGCCCUGGAAGAGCUGCCUGAAGUGAAUAAACCUGCUUUCCUUCUAGACCCUGAGAAAUACUUUAGGAGAGAACCAGAGGAAGAGCGUCCCCAAAUUCCAGAGGCCCCGUCACUUUUUAAAACUUUGAAAGCUGUAUUUGAUGAGAAAAACCUGUUUCCCAAGGAAAUUCUGGAUCAUGAACGAAAAGCCAAGCAAUUAUGCCAAGAAAAAAGUUGUGAAGUGAAGAAAAAUAAGAAGUAAUUACAACAGAUAAACCUUCACUGUUACAUAAAGUACAGAUAAAAAAUGCAGAAAAAGCAUCAAGAAUUCUGCCUUUUGUUUUAUUUUAUAUUUGAACUUCAGGAAGUUUUCUCUUCAUGGGAUAAUUUAGUACUGCUUUUAUCUAUCAUCUGUCAAUUUCUCUGUAUUCUUAAUAAAAUAAAUAUUGAACUAAA